AUUGUUUUUUGUUCACCAUCGCUCUAGAUGUUUGGCACUUUGAUUUCAGAUAACCAGCGCAAGGAGUCCUUGACCUUUGUCCGGAACACCGAUACCGCUUCUGCACUUAGUCGAAGCCGUCGUGACAAGCCACAUGCUUCUUGUCAGCUCUGCCGAGCUCGCAAGAUUAGGUGCAGCGGCCAGGCCUCAGGUUGUGAUAGAUGCGCCUCCAUCGGGGUUGAAUGCUGGUAUCCGGAUCGCCCUACCCGUCGAAAGAAGCGGACGGCUAGCCUUGUAUUCGACACUUCUGGGGCGGUCGACGACUCAACCAGCUGCAGUCCUGCAUUGAGAGAUAACGGAACAAAGAACGAGCAGGAACAGGAUCUUGAGGAAAGAGAAAAACAGACAGAGGACCAUAUCGACAUCGGAAAGAUGCAGCAGAAUGAUUACCUAUCUUCGUACCACGAAGGCAACUCAAGCAAGAGCACAAGAGAAGGAUGGGAUGAGUGGAUAGACAUGGAUGGGCCUCCACAUCCAAUGUUGACAGACCAACUGGAAGACCCCCUUGGUCCCAUGGAUAGCAUGAGCGAUACAGUGUGGAAUUCUUUGUUCGGAGAUGCCUGCGGACAUAUUGGGUUUGAAAGUAUAGACUUGAGUUCUUUGGACAACAGCAUCCUGUGUCCCGAAGAUCCAGCAAAAACACUGAUGCCACCUCCCUACAAUCUGUCUCCACAGUUGAGGUUGGACACACCGUCCAUACUGAGGUCGUCGCCAACACCGAGCAAUAGAAAUAUUGACGAGAACAAUACGCAACGUCAGUUUGAGUAUUUGAACGACAUUAACUCUGUCUCUUCUGAAUUUCCAGAUACACGGAACAUAUCUCAACACGCUCCCAAGCCCGUGUUUCGCCCUACACUCAAUACAUGUGAAACGGUGUCCCCGGGAAGUCCAACAUCCUCAAGUAGUAUGAACAGUCCCUGUCGCUGUCGACAGCUUACGGCACAACUUUUCAAGACUUUCUGCUACGAAAGCACCAGCAACGAUCGCGUAGCCAUGGACGCAUUACUACGCUACUUUCGCAGCACACUGGAACAGUACACCCAAAUCUUAUUCUGCGAACGAUGCGCCGAUAUAGAUGAAUACAACAUGCUUUUGGCUAUGGCUGGUCAGUACAUGAGUGUUAUAUGCGAGCGCACUGUCCUGUGCUACGUCAGACUGCGCUGUGGCACGCAACAACAGCAAGGAAACCAGCCACAACUUUCAACCUCAUUGUUGGAGAAACAGGUUAGUCAUACAAGCAAGUGGAGCAAAGAUGAGAAUGAGAACGAAAGGGAGAGAAGUACCAACGAUCUUGAUGUACGUGUAGACAAUGAGAUGGUUGGAGAUGGAGGCGUGUGGUUCUCAACAUACCGCAUCACAAGCAAUCUUCUUCAGUUAGAGGAGCUAUUGCAACUAUUAACAAAGCUCAAGAAGCGCACUAGCAAUCAGAGCAGGUUUAUACUCAUGCUAGCUGAGGCAGAGAAUAGAAUACAGACAACGCAGUUGCUAGUGAAGGUUGAAACCUAG